UUACCAUUUCACAUGAGCACGUGCCACCAUGUGCACCGUCUCUCCUUAAUACUCCAUUUUCACGCCUAAAAGCUAAAGCUAACUAAAUGCAAGCUUGGCCGGCCAGGCCAACAACAACAAAUGAAAAGGCCCCAUUCACCCUCUUCUCGACACGUGGCUCCCUCCCAUCACAAGAUCGUAAGAGAAACAAGACGGCGCUCAUUCAUUGGACACAACCAAAAGGGCAGCAUACAAAAAGGAAAAAGCUUUUCCACAUCACAAUCAUAACUUGCUUACCCUUUGCUUUAAGCCAAACACAACCCACCAAACUUCAAAUCUCUCCAUAUAUAUAACUCAUACAAAUUAGGAAAGCUAGUAUAGUAUUAGUACCUCACAACAACAACAACAACAACAACAACAAACACAUUACAUUCUUCUAGUCUUCUACCUCCUCUUGUAACUAAACUUCCAAGAUCUCUAUGGCCUGGACAAGAGGCAAAACCCUCGGUCGCGGCUCCACCGCGGCCGUUAACAUAGCUGAGGAUCGCCGGACCGGUGAAUUAUUCGCUGUGAAAUCAGCGGAGCUUCACCGGUCAGAGUUCCUCAAGAGGGAACAGGGAAUUCUCUCUACUUUAAGGUGUCCUCAGAUCGUGGCCUACAAAGGCUGCGAUGUCACAUUUGAGAACGGUGCUAACUGGUUUAACCUCUUCAUGGAGUACGCGCCUCAAGGGACUGUAACUGAUGCAAUCAACAAGCAUGGUGGUGGAAUUGAAGAAGCUAUGGCGGGGUUUUACACGCGCCAAAUUCUGCUUGGGUUGGAGUACCUUCAUUCAAAUGGGAUAGUGCAUUGUGACGUGAAGGGGCAGAACGUGCUGGUAACGGAGAGUGGUGCAAAAAUUGCUGACUUGGGUUGUUCUAAAAGGGUCGGAGAGUCUGUGAUCACGGGGACGCCUGCGUUCAUGGCGCCAGAGGUGGCGCGUGGGGAGCAGCAGGGGUUCCCUGCUGAUGUUUGGGCUCUGGGGUGUACUGUGUUGGAGAUGAUCACGGGAAAACCGCCGUGGCGAGGUGUUUCUGACCCGGCAGCGGCGAUGUACCGGAUCGGAUUCUCCGGUGAGGUGCCGGAGAUUCCAAGCUCUGUUUCGGAGCAGGGGAAGGAUUUCUUGAGCAAGUGCUUGAAGAGGGAUCCCGAUGAGAGGUGGUCGGUGGAGGAGCUUCUUGGACACGGAUUCGUUGGAGAGAAGAACAAGGAACUAGCAUUGGAUUCGGACACUCCCAUGAGUGUGUUGGAGAGAAGCUUUUGGGACACGCUGGAUACGACUCAGGGUCCCACUUCUGAUUCUUUUUCCUCGGAUUCCUCGAGCUCUCGAGACAGGAUUAGGAUGUUGGUUUCAGAUGAGCCUGUUUGGGAAUGGGAUGAUGAUCAAUGGAUCACGGUGAGAAGCAAUGACAAGGAGCUGGAUGCGUGCUCUGUUCAGGGAACAGAGAGAACAGAGUCCUCUGUUCUGGGAACAGAGGAUUUUGGAUCAUACACUGUUUGUGUCCUUGGUGAUCAAGAGAAUGGUUUGGAAAUUUUUUAUGAACCAAAAAUUGUAGUUGACAUUGUCACUGAAUUUAGUACAUGGAAUGUCAUUGUUGAUAUGAUUGUUACCUUAGUAGCAGCAACUGUGGCUGCAUCAAUUAAGAAUUGUAACCAUUGUCUCCAUAUUAUGAGGUUGUUUCACAUGGAAAAUUUGAUUUUAAGAACAAUGAAGUUUUUACCAAUGCACCGUGUUCUUCUCCCUCUCUUUCCAUCUCUAGUUCACUUUGGAUGA